GAAGAGGAGCCUGCAGCGGUCAGCACCGCCGCCUUGAACGCCGCGCACACUGUGGUCAUGCACUGCAAGUUCCUCACAUCUCUUCUGGAGCCGCCCUGGGCCGUGGUGUGGCGAGGCCUGGAUCGAUUAGUAUCUGCCCGCGAUGUGCGUGUCUCCGUCAGCCCCGACCGCCAGAGCUCCAGGACUCACUUCUCCAAAGCGACUCGGGAGCUACUGGCGCGCCUUAGCGAAGAGGUGACGUUCCCGAUGAGUCUGCAUCCUCCGCAUAUCUCGUGGUCGCAGACGGCCGCAGAGGAGUACUGGUUCCUUUCGGACCGCAUCCGGAUGCAGGGCAUCCCGCACUGCAACGAUGCUUUUAUGGACUUGAUGGAAACAUUUGACUUUCACCGGAUUAUGCGGCAAAGCAGCUGGCCUACUCGCUUCGUGGACAUAGGCGCUCAUCUGGGAGACUGUUCGCUUUGGGCGGCUGCUCGCUGGGGACGAGGUGGUGGUGGCCUUCAAGGUUUGGCAGUUGAACAUCGCGAGGCGAAUGCGGCUGCCAUCCGACGGGCUGCAAAGAUGGCCGGGCUUACUCAAGGGGUACUGAGGGUGCUCACUGCAGAGGCAGUGUCCCAGGCACCCUGCCUGCCGAGUUUGGAGGAUCCACGACCUGCACUUGCAGGACUUUUACGCGCUCAUUGA